CGUGGGAAAAUGCACCGAACGUAGACCGGGACGACCGGGAAUGUGUGUGAAGCGUGUGUGUUAAGGUUUUUGAAAGUUUUGUUGAAUGUAAUUUUUUUCACUAUGUUGGUGUUAUUUGAGACUCCUGCGGGUUAUGCGAUUUUUAAGUUACUCGACGAGAAGAAACUAACCAAAACAGAGAAUCUCUACCAUGAUUUUGAAACACCAGAAGCCGCCAGCAGAGUUGUCAAGUUGAAGCACUUUGAGAAAUUCACAGACACAACAGACGCUCUGGCUGCCACAACAGCAGCAGUCGAGGGCAAGAUGUCUAAGUCACUAAAGAAGAUGCUGAAGAAAGUAGUGGCAAAGGAUCUUCAGGACCAGUUACUGGUGGCUGAUGCAAAGUUAGGCAAUGCCAUCAAAGACAAGUUGAAUCUGUCCUGUUUGUCUAACACAGCGGUACAGGAACUGAUGCGAUGCAUUCGAUCACAGCUGGACAGCUUGCUGGCUGGCUUUCCAAAGAAGGAGAUGACAGCCAUGGCCUUGGGGCUGGCACACAGCCUUUCAAGGUACAAACUGAAGUUCAGUCCAGACAAGAUAGAUACAAUGAUCGUACAAGCCGUUUGUCUUCUGGAUGAUUUGGACAAGGAGCUGAAUAACUACAUUAUGAGGUGUCGAGAAUGGUACGGCUGGCACUUCCCAGAACUAUGCAAGAUCAUCACAGAUAACAUAGCUUUCGUCAAGACUGUCAGAAUUAUUGGGACACGGGAACACACAAGUUCUUCAGACCUCUCAGAUAUUCUGCCCGAAGAUGUAGAAGCAAAAGUGAAAGAGGCAGCUGAAAUAUCAAUGGGUACAGAAAUAUCUGAGGAUGAUAUCCAGAAUAUUCAGCAUUUGUGUGACCAGGUGAUUGAGAUCUCGUCGUAUCGUUCGCAGCUGUACGACUACUUGCGUAGCAGAAUGAUAGCCAUGGCUCCUAACCUUACAGUGUUAGUUGGAGAAUUAGUGGGUGCAAGGCUGAUUUCACAUGCGGGUUCCCUCAUCAACCUGGCAAAGCAUCCUGCUUCUACCGUACAGAUCCUUGGAGCAGAGAAGGCUUUGUUCCGUGCCUUGAAAACAAAGAAGGACACACCAAAAUAUGGGUUGAUAUAUCAUAGUACUCUUGUUGGGCAAACAAGCACAAUACAUAAAGGAAAGAUUUCGAGGAUGCUGGCUGCCAAAGCAGCACUGGCCACUCGUGUGGAUGCCUUAGGGGAAGACUGCUCAUUGGACUUGGGUGCUGAACACAAGGUGAAAGUAGAAGCUCGCAUUCGUCUCCUAGAAGAAGGCAACUUGCGUCGUAUCAGUGGUACGGGUAAAGCGAAGGCUAAGUUCGAGAAGUAUUAUAGCAAGAGUGAAGUGAAACAAUACCCAACUGCUGCUGACUCUACACUACCCACAAAGAAGAGGAAGUUUGAGCAAAUGCAAGAAUCUCCAAAGAAGGUGCUCAUUGAAGAAAUUGUUGAUGAAAGUGAACUUCAUCCAAGAAAGAAGAAGAAGGUAAAACACGAAACAGUAAAUGAUGUUGAGACUGCAGGACAGGGGGAAGAACACAGUAAGAAGAAGAAGAAAAAGAAAAUUAAGAGUGAACCUGCAGAUGAUGAAAGCAUGGCAUAUGGUGAUGGUGUAGACGUGAAGGAGGAGGAGGAGGAGCAAAUGGAGACAGGGGAGACGGAGUCUGGCAAAAAGAAGAAGAAAAAGAAGAAAAAGUCCAAGGAUUUUGAUCAGUCUGGAAUCGAGCCUGAUGAUUCUUUCACUGGUUCCUUUGUUAAAUUGGAAACCAACAGUGAAAAAAAGAAGAAGAAAAAGAAGUUGGCUGAACAAGAAGAGGGUUAGUUUUUGUUGUAAAUGUUUAAAAUAAAAACUGCUGCAAGUGUAACAGAACAUGCAGCUCUUUAUUAUAAUCCUGUCACUUCCAGAACUUGAGAGUCCUGUUAUUUGCUGUGCUUUUAGAUAGCUAGUGUGGUGUGAUGUGUACAUAAUCAGUUUGUAUACAGAAUGUUUACUAUUGUAAAUAUUGGGACGUUUGUUUCUAUACAGUGUGGUCAAUAAAUUAGCCACAGUCACUUUAUAUUGUACCAGAUUUCUGGAAUGAGUACAUAUAGUAUUUUUCACAUGUUCAUGUCAAGCUGCAUUUUGUUUCUGGGGUGUGAGUUACAGGAAGCAUGUACAGUUGAGGUCACAAAAUGUUCGUAUGCAUCUCUUCAUUCAGUUCUUCUUUGUAUUCAGUGACUGGAAUGAACUGAAAUUCUUAGAGCAGCCAGAACUUCUAACAUUUCUGACAUUUCAGCCUCUGGAAUACAAAUCUCAAACUUCAUCGCUACACCAGCAUGCUUGGUGCCAAGGCACCAUUUACAUGGGUUAAGGAGAAGCAGUUUUGUGUGAGUUGAUGGGCUGUGUUCACAGUUUAAUUGCGCAUAUGUGUCUGGCGGUAAGGUUCAGAAUGUUAUGGGACUGUAUCUGUACUUCCCUGUAUGUCUUCAUGGUGUGGUACUUUAAGCUGCAGUACAGUGCAGAGGAACUGAUAGCUUUCUUUUCGCAGCAAUUGUAUGUGCCAUAUUUUUCUUUGGGAAAUUCUCUUUUGCCUUCCAAAAUAAAUAUGGCUGCCAGCGGCCCAAUACUGGGGUAGGGAUGAUAAAAUCCCAUACAUCUGAACAGUAGGGGUUAAUGAACAUAUUCCACGUAAAAGGUUUCUGAUGUGUUGUGACAUUGUUAAGCAUCAGGUGAUCAGAGUGCAAAAGAGAAAAUUAUUCACUGUGUAACAGAUACAUGGUUGGAACAAAUCUCUGAUUAUUAAUUUUAUCAGCUACUCUAUAGAUAUGAUUUACAUAAAUUAUGUUAUUCUAAAUGAUUUCUGCUGCACUCUUCUCAAAUAAAAUCGUCAUGAAGUACAUUCAUGAAGAUAGUUUAAAAUGGAUCUGUGCUAGUAAUGUUACAGAUCCAGAUCCAUUUGAUGAGUUUGAGGUUCUGAUGAUAGGGGUUGUAUCACCUCGGAAACAUCAGGCUUCCUCCACACCACAUGGCCUUAUAACUCUUGAAGUCCAAAGUGUUCAUGGAUGCAGUUGAUUUCAUGAACAAAACAAGGACUCUAAUUCUCAAGAGUCAGGUUUAUAAUCUUCAUUUAUUU